AUUAGUUAUUUACAAAAAAGUGUACGGGAUUUUCUUAACCUAUGACCGCUACACUAGGCUAGGCCUGUCUCGUCUUUCCUACGCUGAAGUAUGGCGUAGUACUCUAUAGUUAAAAUAAUAAAAAACCGGCCAAGUGCGAGUCGGACUCACACAGGAAGGGUUCCGUACCAUUAUCUAUAAAAACGGUCACCUAUCCAAGUACUGACCCCGCCCGACGUUGCUUAACUUCGGUGAUUGGAUGAGAACUUCGAGAUUGGAAAGAAAUAUUUAUUUUAUUGUGUAUUUGUUGUUAUAGCGGCAACAAAAAUACAUAAUCUGUAGAAAUUUCAACUGGCUAACUUUCACGGUUCAUGAGAUACACCCUGGUGACAGACGGACGGACGUACAGCGGAGUCUCAGUAAUAGGGUACCGUUUGACCCUUUGGGUACGGAACCCUAAAAAAGACUAUGUAACCUGCAGCGAACAAUUAUGUAACUUAAGACCUGCUGUUACUUACUUUUUUCGCGGUCACUACAUAAUACCCUUGCAAGUUCGCGCUUCGCGUCUACUUUGACGCGGGCCAAAUACCGACAAAAAACGGGGAAUAAGGCGCGAAGGCGUGAACAAUCUGCGAAAUCGACGCGAGGGCCCUCCACACUCGCGUUCGCGGCUUCGCGCCUUGAUUCGCGCACGAGUAUGGAGAGCCCUUGAGACCAACCCCUGCUCACGGUCUAAACUAUACUAUAGUCAACAUUAAUCAAUAGAUUGAUUCUCAAUGACAACCUGCUAAAGUUCAUAACGAUAUUUAUGAGCAGCUUAAUGACGCGAUAACCUUGGUUCCUCGGAAACAGAUAGCCUAAAAAAUUUCCGCGAUAAUACAAAAGAAUACAAAAGACUCGUGAGGCGAUUUUUCAUUAAAACUAUUGAAACAGUGAAGUGGCUCAUUUACAUUGUGUCUAAUUAGCUUAAUUUAAAUAAUUUCGGUAGCUUCGGCAAAAAUAGCACUAAAUAAAAAUAUUGAUUUCCUAAUGAUUUGUUAUUUGUAUUUACAGGUCAAAUUAAUACAUUUCCCUGCACAUGCUGACUAAGAAUUCAUAUUGUUUUUCGUGAGCUCAAAAUAAAACUUAUCUUGAAUAAAUAUUAUCAUAUUCCAGUACAGCAAAUGCGUUAGUACAAAAUACAGUAAGAAAUCAAAAAAAUAAUAGAAUAUAUCAUAUCGAAAAACAUCAUACAUUGUAUACAACGCAAACUAAUAAACACCAUGUAAUUCGAUGUAAUAAACCCAUGGGAUACUGGUCAGUGAUUAAAAUAUAUACUAGAAGUUAUAUUAUGCCAGUCAACAGAAUAUUAUCAGCGCGUCAUGAUAUGUAACUAUUGUAGAUAUCCAAUAAUUUAAUACUAAAGAUGAUUAAUUUAUUCGUGGGUGUAGUUGACGAUCAAUAAAUAGAGUCAGAUCAAGAUAAGUUAGCAGCAUUAAUUCUCUGCAGUUAAAUUCAUGAUUUCUCUGUAUCUGUUAUCUACUGUAUAAUAUAAUAAAUUCUGACCCAACCCCAAAUUAAUUAAAUGUCACAUCUAGAGCUUGGGUAACUAAUGGUAGUAAUAUUUAGAAAGAAUGGUGUUUAAAAGAAGUUUGGGUUUUGGAGCUUGACGAUAUCAACCAUAAAUAAGACAUGUUUGGAGUAUUCUAAAAUUGUGUCACUUCAUCCUAAUUUCCCCUAUCUAACACAGAAAAGCUACAUAUAACUCUAUAAUGUUUUACUUACAACUUAUAAUGACCCAAUUCCAUAUUGUUUUACAAGCAAUUGUAUGUACCGACAAUCACUCAACCAUUAUAACCAAAAUGUUUUAAAUAGGUGGUUAUUUGUUCUGUCUUCUCUUCGAAGAAUAAUACCGCUUGGCUGGUAUAUAAUCUCUGGUGGUUUAAACACAUUCAUCAGAAUCUCUCUCGCUUUCAGUAUUACAGGAUUAACUGUUCAGAAGUUAGAAAAAACAUGUCCAAGUUUGUAAUAUUUCUUUUGGUGGCCGCAUUCGCAGCUUUCAUCACCGCGGAAGAGAAUCCAGACAACCCUACUAAUUUUAUGGCCGAUUUUUUGAAGCCUUUUAGCGAGACGGCGAAAAAUGAUGAAGAGUCUGUCAAGAAUCUUAAACCUGGGCCUAACCAAAAGGUCCAAGCUACUUACAAAGAAGAAGAACAUCAUUCAGAGACGCAGAAUGGCAGAGUAAUUGACCAGGGAGACUCCCAGAAAGAGAUUAAAAAUGACAACGGGAAAGUGACUGAAAACACCUCCAAACAAUAAAACUUGGCUGAUGACUACAAUCGAAAAGAUCACUGAUAAAUCAACUGUUGCACUGAAAAUGCAAUAAAUAUUGUUAGUGUAAAUUAUAAAAUAAAUUAGUCGCGCGAUUA